AUGUCGAUUCAUCGCAAUGAUUUCCUCACGCUAUGGAAACUUUCCAGAGCCGGCGAUGAAGCCAGAAUACAAGAGUAUAUUGCGGAAUCUGAUGCAGUGGCACGUAACUUGGUGAACCUCAAACAUCAUUGCAAGGGCACCUCGCCGCUCAUGGAAGCCGCUGCAAGCAAGUGCAAUGAACCCGUCGUGGCUCAACUUAUUGCAGCUGGCGCUGACGUCAACGAUGUUGACGAUACGAAACUCAAGAAUACAGCUCUCCAUUAUGCUGCAAUGACAAACGCAGACCCGCUAACGAUCGAAGCGUUGUUGGAAGCGGGGGCAAAUGCCUUUGCAGUCAAUCGCAAGGGUUUCACACCGCUGGAUGUUGCUCGUCAAAGCGGUCGAAAGACUGCUGGUGCUGCGUUAUUGGAGCACAUGAAGGUGCACGCUGGAUGGUUGUUCCUGCGUGGCAAGUUUCACUGGAAAAAGCGUUGGGCUGUGGUAGUAGCUUGUAACAAGCAGCGCACCUCCACGGAACUUUGUAUUUUCCGUGGCCUAAACGAUCUGCGUCCUUCUGUAGUUAUGCUCAUCGACGAAGCGGCACGAAUGGUACACUUUUCGUCUACAGACAGUUACUCGUGGCUCCAGCGCGACAAUGCGUUCGUUUUCGACAAGCCCGUGAUGUGCCACUAUGUGAAGAAGGAGAAGUUUACACGCUCGCCAAUAUGCAAAAAGACGAUGAGCUUGGUCAAUGUCCAAACACUUCAUUGCGUGUUUGCUGCGGACAGUUUGAACAAUCUAGCCCAAUGGCGCCACGUGCUGGAAAGUUCCAACUUUCAGUCACGUGAGAGCCAAUCGGUCUUGCGUUGCUCGUCACUUUUUCAGUCUCAAAACGGUGAGCUCUAUUAUUGGCCACAUGAGCUUGUUGAUAACUUGCGCGCCACGAUCUUGCAGGAGCAGGAACAAGAGCGAGAACAAGCUAACGAUCCAGUGCAACAACGUCUUCGCGCUACGUUUGAAGAGCGCCGUGCAUCUCUUGCUUCAACUCCGGCUCCGGCUCCGGCUCCAGUUGCAGAUUUAUCUACUUUCAACGAGCAAACACUCGAAGCAGCACAGAUGUCAAUGCAGCCGUCUGGGUUGCACAAUGAGGCAUUUGGUGAGCCACCGCAGAAUUUGCAACGGCAUGCUACAUCUGACCAAUCAAUUGAUCGAUCGAUCGCUUUGCAGAAUGAUGGCCGCAGUCGAGUGCACUUUACACCAUUUUCUGAGAAGCAAAUGGAGGCACCCGUAGCAGCAAAAUCUUCCUACACUGAUCGACAGCAAACGCAGUCGAAUGUCAGCAAUGACAGUGAGAGUGAGACAAAUUCCAUUGGCCCUGAGUUUGUGACGGAAGUUGUGAUUGCAACUGAAAAUGAUUCCAAAGAGUUCAAGCCAGAGGAAAGCUCACUGCAAGACAAGAGUAAAGCUGAAGAAGACGACAAUAAUCAGAAACAGCACGACGAGGAUUUACAAUUAUCUGAUGCACCAGAAAAGUCUUCAUCUCCUGGAUGCAAAAUCUGUGGCAUGGCACGACAAAACGCUGUUUGUACGCCAUGUGGCCAUCAAAUUGGCUGUACGAGUUGUGUCAAGACUGUUAUGCGCACAUCAACGGGUUGUCCGGUAUGCCGCAUGCCCAUGUUGUCCGUUCUUAGUGUUGGCAGCGAUUAA